UGCAGACAGACACUUAUCUUCUCUGCAGGGUUUUGAUCAGUUUAAGUCUGGCUUCACCAUGUUAGGACGUCUGGUUUUUAUUGUUCUUUUGGGUUCCUUUCAAGAGUUGCAAGUACAAGCUCUUCUUCAGGCUAAACUAACAGUGAAUUCAUCAUUAAUCACAGAAACAGAUUCAGUCACAUUAAGCUGUGAGGCUCCAGCUCGUGUUUCUGUGCAUGAAUGUUAUUUCUAUGUGAAUGAAGAAACUAUGGGAGCCUCCUCCUGCAUGAAGACAAUCACAGGAACUGAGCUGCUGCUGAAGACGAAGCAAAGUUUAUCCUCUGUGGUUGAAGUGAGAUGUUUCUAUACUGUAAAAUAUGGAGCUGUAAAUUCUCCAUCUCCCCACAGCGAAAGAUCCUAUAUAACCAUAAGUCUGAAGCCACAACUGAGUGUAAACUAUGUUAAGGGCCAGUUUGCUUUCUUCACCUGCUCUCUGCCUGGAUCUGUGAAACAUGAUACAACAUGUAAUCUGUACUUUGGAGAAUCAAAUCGUCCAGCAGCAACAACAACAAUAUCAAAGACCAAAACAAGAACCAAUCUGUGGUUCUGCUGGACUGAAAUUCAAGAAAAUGAAUUACUGAGGCGUCUACGUUUGGUUAAGCAGAAGGAGGUCAGCUGUGAUUAUAGUUUGGAAAGAGAUGGGAAAUCUUUGUCACCUCGUAGUGACCCAUACAGAUUGACAGGUAUUGUGGAAGUAGAUUUACCUGAGAUCAGCACAACACCAGCAAUAUCUACGGAGACCACAGGUUCAUCGAAAGCUGUUGCUCCCAUCCAGGCUUUCAGCAGGUUACAGGAGUAA